AUGGCACGUGUUCCUGAUAAGAUUAAGUUGAUAGAUGGAUCAAGGGAAACUCUUAAGCUUUCUGUAAGGAUCACUGAUCUUUGGUUCAUUGGGAUCCCUGAAAAGUCUGAACAAGCCGAAAUGAUGGUUGUUGAUUCUGAUGAAUUGGGCAGGUACUAUCCUGCACACUCUGGGAAAAUUACUGCUUACAGAUCAUAUCCGUCGUCAGUCAGUAAUUCUUUCAAGGCGUCUAAACUCAUGAUCAACGAGCUUGUGUUAGAAAUCCAAGAAUUCAGAGAGAGAAAAUCUAAUGCCCGUUUUUGCAAACAGGAAAUUGUUUGUGUUACUGUCGUCAAGAUUACAACUAUAGUGAUGGACAACCAUUCAUGGUGUUAUCCGGCUUGCAGUCAAUGUCACAAAAAAACUGACAUAGAAACUAUGUCAUUCACAUGUCCAUGUGGCAAAGACAACGACCAACCUGACCGUGAAUGUGCAGAGUUAAUUGGUCAAUCGGCGGAUGAAGUCAACAGACUCAAAAUAGAAGAUGGCGAUGUUGAUUUAAAUGCCUCUCUUCAAGUACUAGAUAGGCUAUUGGAUUGUUUCCUUGCAUUCAAAGUCAAGGUACAACCAAGGUUCAGGAAUGCUGUUGUUCUUAGAUAUUCAGAUGAAUCAAACUUGAUCAAUGUUGUGCUGGAUAUGCUUCCCGAUACUGAGCAAUCUAUGUUUAUUACCUCCGAUGAUGAUCGUUCAAUGCUUGACUCGACUGAGCCUACAGAGCUUGAAUCUCAAUUUGUCUCUGUUACUGCUGAUAAUGACCCUCUUCUCAGGAUUCCAUUGACACCAACUAAGCGUGCAUCUUUUGAUGAGUUGGAUGAUGGACCCAAAAACUUUGAGAUUUCACAUGCCAAAGUUUCCUCAAAUAAAUUAGCGAAGCUUUGUCAACCUGAAUGA